AUGUCACUGUUUGUUCUCCAGGAGACUUACGCCCCAGUGCUGCUAGCACGCAAAGCGCAACGUCUACGCAAGGAGACAGGUAACCUGGAGCUAAGGUCACGACUAGACCAACAGCAACUCUCCCGGAAGGAAGUAAUUAUCGGGACCCUCGUGCGGCCACUCAGAAUCCUAUUGACGUCGCCCAUCGUGAUGUUACUUGCGAUUGACAUGGCCAUAGUCUACGGUUACCAGUACCUUGUCUUCACCACACUGUCAUAUAUCUUCCAGGACCAGUACCACCUGUCAACGGGUGUCUCCGGGCUAGUCUACUUGGGCAAUGGGAUUGGAACGAUUCUAGGCAUCUUCGUAAUCGGCCACGCAUCCGACAAAGUCACCGAGCACAGGAAGAAAAAGGCUUCAGAUCCGGAUGAAAGCCUUCCACCCGAAGGCUGGCUCUGGCCCAUGCUUCCCGCGGGCAUGCUUGUCCCCGCCGGACUCUUUUGGUACGGCUGGUCAUUGCAAAGCAACGCAUUCGUCGUCGUACCGCUGGUAGGGCUAGGCGUGUUCGGCUUUGGCAUGAUGGGUAUCUUCCAGCCGGUGCAGAUCUACGUGGUCAACGCGUUUGGCAAGCAUGCCGCCUCUGCUAUGGCGGCGACGGCCGUGCUGCGAAGCCUGGUGGGCGCUUUACUGCCGUUGGGAGGCCAGAGGAUGUACGAUGCGCUUGGAAUGGGAUGGGGGAACAGCCUACUGGCUUUUAUUGCGGUGGGACUCAUGCCAGUCCCGUUUCUGUUGAUGAAGUAUGGAGCACGCCUGAGACAGUGGGAUUCAAAUCUCAGGUGA